AUACUCGCGUCAAUGUGAGCCAGCUGAUUCCAAGGAUCUCCUCAUAAAAGCACAUAGUACUCGCCACUUUAGUUGCUUCCGAACACUCGAGCUGGCAAGUUCAAUUGGUGAUUAAAUUGGUUUAGCGAAACAGUUGGAUUCAAGUGAAUACCAAAGUGAUCGCGACUUAUUGAAAAAUUAUUUUACGGUUUUAUACAAAAAAAAUAAAUAAAAGGGGAUAUUUUGAGAGGGAUUAAUAAGGAUCAAGAAAGACAAAUAUCCUGAAAAAAAAAUGACCAAUACAACAAAUGGGAAAGUGAUUAAUGGUAAUGGCACAAAUGGUACCAAUGGAAGAUCACGCAGUCCACAGAAACCUGAAGAAUUAUACCCAUAUGACUUGAUCAAGGAGAUCGCAGAUCAUCUGCUGGAGAGGACAGAGUAUCGUCCCAAGAUUGGCAUUAUCUGUGGCAGUGGCCUGGGAACUCUGGCCGAGAGUCUGACAGAUGUGGAUAUUUUUGAUUACGAGAACAUUCCCUAUUUCCCCUCAACCACAGUCGAGGGUCAUGCUGGUCGAAUGGUCUUUGGGAAGCUCAGGGGUGUCCCAGUGAUGUGCAUGCAGGGCAGAUUCCAUUACUACGAAGGACAUUCACUGGAGAAAUGUUCAAUGCCUAUUCGAGUGAUGAAACUUUCUGGAGUCAGUCACUUGAUCAUCACAAAUGCAGCUGGGGGGCUCAAUCCCAUCUACAAUGUGGGAGAUAUUGUUGUGAUCAAGGAUCACCUCAAUCUGAUGGGAAUGGCUGGACUUAAUCCACUUCUAGGACCCAAUGAUCCACGCUUUGGACCACGUUUUCCUGCCAUGAACCAUGCCUACAAUCCCGAAUUGAGAUUGAUUGCCAAGAGGAUCGCCAAAGAGAUGGGCAUUGAAAAAGAAGUUCAUGAAGGUGUUUACACAUGCUUGGCUGGACCUAAUUAUGAGACCCCCGCUGAAUUGAGAGCCCUCAAGACUCUGGGAGUUGACGCCGUUGGGAUGUCAACAGUUCACGAAGUCGUCACGGCAAAGCACUGCAACAUGACUGUUUUUGCCAUCAGUCUCAUCACAAACAAAUGCGUGUUCGACUAUGAUAAGGAAGAGGAGGCCUGCCACGAGGAAGUUGUCGAGGUUGGCAAAAUCCGACAGCGUGUUCUCUGUGAUCUCGUGGAGAGGAUGAGCUCUGACAUCGACAAAAAUGCUGCCUGAGAUAGCACUUUGGAGCUUUGGGAUAUUCCAAAAAUAUUUUAAGCUUAUUUUAUUUUUCUGAUAAUUUUGUGCGCAAAAUGUGAAGGAGUUGCAUUAAGUUUUAGAAUGUAGAGAUUGAUAAAAUGAUUUUGAACAAUUAAAGAAUAUCUCACGAAAUAGUGGUAAGGACCAGUGCUCACAUGACAAUUAAGGGUUUAUUUUUAAGAAAAAAAAUAUCUUUCUCGACAUAAGUUGUAAAUUUGGAGGUCAUUAUUAAAAUAUCUCCAAACAAA